AUGCUUGUGUGUGGCUUCGUAGGGUCGCAGUACUCGAACGUGGGAUUCAGGUACGUGUACAUCGGCGUUCAACCAGACCCCAUGGUGCACGCACCCGCAUCUAUCGCGACGCCUCCUGUCGCGUUGUCAACACCAUUCCCCAGCGCGAUUCAUCCGGAAAGCCAGCCAGCGGUGCAAGCCCCGCCAGACCCUAGAGAAGCAUUAGUUGUCGGUUUGGACACACGGGCGCGAACAGACGGCCCAUCAUCGAGAGCGGUUGCCGAUGGUUUAGGGUGUGCGGUGAAUGGUGGAGCGGGGAUGAAUGCAAGCGUGCGUGCACAUUCGCCGCCAAUAUGGAACGUGAACUCACUGUUGCCCGGAAACCCCGACGUCCACAUUCGCACCCCCGUGCAUCCGGCUGUAGCGUACGCGAGUGGUGUAGGUGGGCAACCACAGGCGAACGCGGGGCGUGGAGCGGGUGCAAGCGGAAACACGAUAAGGGGAAGAGGGACGGGUGCGAUAGGUAACGCGGGAGGAGGGACAGGGGAGAGAGGGAACGCGGCUAGAGGGAGAGGUGCGAGACAAAGGGGUGGGAGAGCGAGCGCGGGACGUGGGACAGGUGUGGGAUCAAACGAGUAUAGUGCGAACGGGCAGGGAGCGCAUGGGGUGACAGGCAACGGCGGCAGGGGUAGCGGUGCUAACGCAAACGGCGGGUCCGGUAACUGGCCAGUUAAUAGACCGCGUAUAAGGAGGCGGAGAGUCGAUGUAGUGCCGCACACGGCACGCAACGGCUCCCGGGAGGGGAGCGAGGGGGCAAGCGAUGAGGAUGACGAGAACGACGCUGACGAUGCGGACGAUAGUUGGAAUGACGAUGACGAAAACUACCUAUCGAACUCGCUGUCCGCGCUCAAUGAGGAGGAGGCGGAAGACAACGAACGGGUGCGGGGUACGCGGAGGGACAUAGAGGUACCUAUCGCGGAUUGGAACAGGCUAGGUGUGGACGACACGCCGGCCGCGAAACAAGAGAUGUGCUACGGAAUCCUCUACGGUGUCUCUGAGGCCACGCUGAAGAAGUAUCUCGGUUGGGCCAACGAGUACAAGCGGUUCAUGGCUCACGAGCUGCCUAAACUGGACGCGGGUAGGUUUGGUGAUGAGGCCGCGUUGAGAAACGCGAACCCCGACGAGAUAGGGGCCGCGCUCGAACAGAACAUGGGUGGUGACUGGAAGAUGGCGGAGGGCGACGAGCAGUGGUUCCACGGCCCUAAGACGAAUCCGUGGCGCUUACGCAAAUACGUGACCUUCCUCGCAAACGAGACAGUCGCGCAGGCGGACAGGAUGGCCACACUCAAGCGGCCAGAGAAGACCUUGAAGAAGAGACGCCAGUGCACCCCGGCAAUGCUGAUGGGGCGUCUCAAGGCUUUGAACCUGCUCAUCAAGCUGGACGGGGCCAUCUUCAGGAAGCCCGUUCUGAACCUGCUGCGCGACUUUGCGGAGUGUCGCAUUUGGGUCCGCGUUCAAGUACGCGACCAGUACAAGCGGUUUAUCGCGACGGGCAAGACAAACAAGGACUUCUCGCUCAACUACAUAUCUGCUGUGAGGCACAUAGAUUGGACGCUGUGCGCGGUCGGAGCCACGCUGCUGUGGCUGCACUGGGUGUACGACUUGGCUCCCAUCCUCUACGAGGACAUAGCCCCCCCUCUCGACUUCACGGAACCCUCCACGUGGGCUGGGGGGGCGCAGCACGCGUCCGCGGACGGAAUGCCUUUGGAUCAGCUGGCGAGGCUGGGGGGUUGGCGUUUCAUCGACGUGAUGACUAAGCACUACCUCACAACCAUUUCGAGGGAGGCUGUGCUGCUGAAGGCGGGCUUCACCGGGGUUGACGGUGACUACUUCCUGGGUCACGCAACUGUUCCGGUCAGCGAUAAGCUGGAUGAGCUACUGAGGAGGCACAUUUUCCCAUGGGCCACCGCGGACAAAGGACAGCAACAGUGCAAGGAUUACAACCGCAGGAUGGUGAAAACGCAGAAGCCGGAGAAGCAGGACACCGCGGGGCUAAACAUAUUGAAGGAGCUGGAUGGGCACGCUAGGAUGGCGGUCGUGCAAGACCUGGCGAUGUAUUACAUCCACCAGCCGCGACACCCACUGGGCCUAGAGUUGGUCGUGACUCAUAAACGGGUGAAAGAGCUAGAGGGGCUGCUGGAGGAUCGCGAUCGGAAGCUGGCCGAGAAGGACGAGCGCGUGAAUGAUUUGGAGGCCCAGCUGUCGCGGCUCACCGUGAGCAGCUCAAGGCCGACCGCGGUUCUUAACCAGACGACCACUCCUAGAGCCGCGGUCACGCCGACCAAUGCCACAACUCCCACCGAGCAGGGGACGCGGAAGAAACCUGCAGCGCCCACCAGGGAACAGACGAUUUGGGACGCGAUCAUCCUUCCAUGGGUCAACGCCACCAAACCGUCAGACGGAUGGAAGUUGUACAAGACAACGCACCCGCUGAUCCUCGAGAGUCCAAAGUCGCUUCUGGCCCAGCCCCGCGGCGCAGUUACGCGAAUGGCCGCGCUCAUUGGGGAGGAGGGAGGCGGCCAGAACGGGAUAAACCGUGUCAAGCGAAUCAUGAACUUCAUCGCCCACAGGGUGGAGCAAGGAGACGACAUCGCGGUAGUGCUCGACAAGCUCGACCUCAUGUCAGGAGCUGUGGGCAUGUCGGGUGUAUCGGAAGGGAUCGCAGUAAAGAAGAAGAGUGUUGACCUGAAACUGAGCCAGCUCAAGAAGGGUUCUCCAAUGGAGGUGCAGUUGCGUGUGAAAUGGAUGCUUGUUCGCGACCGUCUCAUCAAUACCUCUCUUCCCGCUUCUGAGUUCACGGUCGCGUGGCCCCAGUACUGUGCGCAGCCAGACUUGCAUUAA